AUGAAGGUCAUAACAUGCCAAAUAUGGUACUCGGGGACCCUGACCUCGCCGCACAUGGUCUCGGUAUUGCAGGCGUCUAUGCAGUGCGACCUCCCGCCGCGUAUGAACACCUGCCGCGUGGGGCACUUCCUGCAACAGGCGGAGAGCUCAACUGAAACUGGUUACCAUUUUAGGACGGACUGCGCCCGGCUGUACGCGAUAAAGGCG